ACCAUCGGACUGGGCGAACGCUGACGGGUACAACAUAAAUCAAGGCAAACCAUAUAUAUAUAUAUAUUUCUUAAUUAAUUAAAGAUUCUAUGGAUCUCAUUAUACGGUCUAUGGAUUCUAGUUAUACAUGGUAAUAAUUAGGACGGUUUUAUUCUAAGGUUAAUCUCUGAAUGCGCAUUAUUAUACUCUGGAUAUCAUGAAAAGUUUUGGAAAAUUGAAUUAAAACGGGAAUUUUUCAUUUGUUAAAUAAAACAGUUCGAGAAGAAUCCAUUAGAGCCAGAUCUGUUACUUUUGUAUCUUUUUACUUUGAUUGAAGAAAAAAAGACCAUUCCACGUGGUGUCAAAUUUUAAGGGUUCGCCUGUGUUUUGGCGGUAGUAUAGCUUCACUCAAAGUUUAGACGUCCAUAAAAGUUUUAGGUAAUCUUAAAAAUGAUGCCAGUUGGUGCAGGAGUAUCUUCAAUUCAUGGUUCUGGAAGUUUACCUCAGAAUUCUAAUCAAAAUACAAAUUCAUUAGCACCAACUGGCGGGCCAAAUAAAUCAAGUAGCAAUCUUAAGCCAAAUUAUACUCUAAAGUUUACUUUGGCUGGACAUACCAAAGCUGUUUCGUCAGUAAAAUUUAGCCCAAAUGGUGAAUGGCUUGCUAGUUCAUCUGCAGAUAAACUUAUAAAAAUUUGGGGUGCAUAUGACGGGAAAUUUGAAAAAACAAUAAGUGGGCACAAGCUAGGUAUUAGCGAUGUUGCUUGGUCAAGUGAUAGUCGUCUCUUGGUGUCAGCUAGUGAUGACAAAACUUUAAAAAUUUGGGAAUUGUCUUCAGGAAAAUGCUUAAAGACACUGAAAGGUCACAGCAACUAUGUGUUCUGUUGCAACUUUAAUCCCCAAUCAAAUCUGAUUGUUUCUGGUUCUUUUGAUGAGUCAGUAAGGAUAUGGGACGUAAGAACUGGAAAAUGUUUAAAAACUUUGCCAGCUCAUUCUGACCCUGUGAGUGCUGUACACUUUAAUCGGGAUGGUUCUUUGAUUGUUAGCAGCAGUUAUGAUGGACUUUGUCGCAUUUGGGAUACUGCAUCAGGGCAGUGUUUGAAAACAUUGAUUGAUGAUGACAAUCCUCCAGUUUCAUUUGUGAAAUUUUCACCUAAUGGAAAGUAUAUCCUGGCAGCCACUUUGGACAAUACCCUAAAAUUAUGGGAUUAUGCAAAAGGAAAAUGUUUAAAAACCUAUUCAGGUCACAAAAAUGAAAAAUAUUGCAUCUUUGCCAACUUUUCUGUGACAGGUGGCAAGUGGAUUGUAAGUGGCUCAGAGGAUAAUAUGGUAUAUAUUUGGAACUUACAGACAAAGGAAAUAGUUCAGAAAUUGCAAGGGCAUACAGAUGUUGUCCUCUGCACUACUUGCCACCCAACAGAAAACAUAAUUGCAUCUGCUGCUUUGGAAAAUGAUAAAACUAUAAAGUUAUGGAAAAGUGAUACUUAAUUGUCUAAAUUGUAUUUAUUGAGAUUUAAAGUUGUACAGAUUUAUGUUUUUAAGCAAGGUUUAAGUUUCAUGGAAUUUUCAUUGAACUCUUGAAAUAACAUAUUUUUUUAUAAUUUCAUUUUCUUCUCUUUUGUCUAGCAUAUUUAAAAUUGUGUUAUUUAAACACAAAUUGUUGAUAUGAAAAAACUCCAAUAAAGAU